AUGAAGGACAUCAGCCAAGAUGACGACGCCCAAUUGGCCGCUAUGGGCCAUCGCCCGGAGCUAAAGCGGCGUUUCUCGACUUGGUCGAUGCUGGGGUUGGCGUUUGCCGUGCUGAAUGUCCGUGCCAAUCCCUUAUUCUUAUCAUUCACAACACUGAUUAUGGAUCUAGUCGUGGACGGCGCUGUCGGCAAGUUUGUCUAUCAGUUUGGACUCCGGGGGCAGUACCAGCGUGGUGUGGGUGCGGGUGGACAGUAUCACUGGGUUGCAGUCAUCUCGUGGCCAAAAUGGGUGCCCAUUCUCUCAUGGAUCACGGGCUGGAUCAACGUGGCGGGCUGGGUCGCCCUCGUGGCUACCAACUCGCUGCUUUCAAGCCAGCUCAUCGUGGGAUGUAUUUCUUUGAUGCACCAGGACUAUGUAGCAAAGCGAUGGCAUCAGUUCCUCAUUUAUAUCGGAUUAACAGUAGGCGCUUUUGUCAUCAACGCCUUCGGAAAUGCGGUCCUUCCACUCUUAUAUCGCGGUGCCUUUGCAUGGUCAAUUGGCGGGUUUGCGAUUGUCUCUAUCACGAUCCUUGCUUGUGCUUCCCCUGAUUUCAAUUCAGCAUAUUUUGUGUUCUGCGAUUUUGUUAAUAAAACUGGCUGGCCGGAUGGCGUUGCGUGGCUACUCGGACUGCUCCAAGGAGGUCUCGGAGUGACUGCAUUCGAUGCCGUCGCGCACAUGAUCGAAGAAGUCCCCAAUGCUGCAACCGAAGGACCCAAGAUUAUGGUCGCCUGUGUGGCUAUCGGACCCAUGAAUCAAGUCACGACUUCAGCAGCGGGGCCGAUUUUGCAGAUUCUCUACGAUGCAACCCGGAAUCGCGCGGGUGCGAUCUGUCUCUUGGUGCUUCCUCUCGUCUGCAUGAUCUAUGCUAUUCUCAGCGUCAUGACCACUAGCAGUCGAAUGAUUUUUGCAUUUGCACGUGACGGUGGUCUUCCCGCAUCCCGAUUCUUUGCCACUGUCCACCCAACACUGAAGUUGCCGCUGAAUGCACUAAUGCUGAGCGUCGUUGUGGUCAUCUGUUUCGGCUGCAUCUUUAUGGGUUCCUCAAGCGCCUUCAACGCCAUCAUCUCCGCGUCCGUCGUUGCGCUCGACCUCUCCUACGGAAUACCUAUCGCAAUUAACUGUCUGCAGGGCCGCAAAGCCCUUCCGCCGGGGAAGUGGAAGCUUCCCAAUGCAGUUGGAUGGGUGGUUGACAUUGUUGCCUUGUCGUAUAUCUCCCUGACGACCGUGUUGUUUGUCUUCCCUCCUGAUCGUAAACUUACGGGGAGUAAUAUGAAUUACUGUAUUGCUGCGUUCGCUGUCAUCAUUAUGAUCUCCGUGUUCCAGUGGGUUGUGGACGGACGAAAGAAUUUCACGGGACCUCGUGUUGAUUUGGCUAUUGAAGGACUGGAUACCCUGCCCGCCGAGUCGAAGGUUGGACAUACGGCCGGGACCGAAACGGACGAGAAGUAA